GUUAGUGCUCACUAGCGCCGCCAGCGGACUGGAGUUGUAGCACAAUCACAGCUGACUGCGGUUCCAGCAGGAGAACAAACAUCAUGACGGCCCGAAAAUCUGGUUCACGGAUAGAGACAGAAAUAGAAAGAUGUCGUUCUGAGGGACAAUGGGACAAAAUCCCUGAACUCGUGCGGCAGCUUUCUGCUAAACUCAUUUCAGUCGACGACGUUGGAGAGUUAUUAUUGGGUGAAAUGAAGCUGCAGCAGUUCUUGAAGGAGAACCCCUUAAAGCAGAACUGCAGCCCCCGCCCCUCCUGCCCCCCACUGACCGAAGCCCGCUCACACCUCACUAACGCUGUACAGCGAGGGAACCUCCGGCCGGAGCUGCAGCAGGAGGCCAAUGUGCUGUUGGGAAAGUUGUGUUAUGUUGAAGGCGACUACACUGAGGCUCUUACUCACUUCAGUCGUGUGAACUUGGACGAUAUGCAGCUGAGCAGUGCUCCAAUUUACCGCCUGGCCAUGAUUGCUGAAGCUUAUGCCACCAAGGGUUUGUGUCUGGAGAAGAUGUCCACCUCCUGUCCACCAUCCAGCACUGACCGAGAUCAGGAGAUCAUCACUUGCUAUGAGAAGUCUGGAGAUAUCGCUCUGCUCUACCUGCAGGAAGCUGAGAAGGCUCUAAGUGCUGGAAUGCAGAACCGCAGCCCCAAACCUGGCCCUGUCUCACAGGAACAGGAACUUGGCUUCUUUCUGGAGACUGGACUUCAACGUGCUCACGUUAUACACUUCAAGAAUGGUAAUCUGACACUUGGUGUUGGACGGUUUCGAGAGAUUCUCCGUGCCGUGGAAACAAGAACCACACAGAACCUUCGUAUGACAAUAGCGCGUCAGUUGGCAGAGAUCCUACUCAGAGGGAUGUGUGAACAGAGUUAUUGGAGUCCGCUGGAGGAUCCGCCUGCACAGUCUCCACUUGAUGAACCACAGUGUACACACACACAUACUGAGUACACACUGCCCCGUCGAGCACGCAUCUACACAGGGGAGAAUCUGUUCUGUCCUCAGGAGAACACAGAAGAAGCUCUACUGCUGUUACUGAUUAGUGAAUCUAUGGCUAACAGAGAUGCAGUAUUGAGUCGUAUACCUGAACACAGUGCUGAUCGAGUUUUGAGUCUGCAGAGUGCAUCUGUAGUGUACGAUCUGCUCACCAUCGCUCUGGGACGACGCGGCCAAUAUGAGAUGCUCUCUGAGUGUUUGGAGAGAGCAAUGAAGUUUGCAUUUGAGGAGUUCCACCUUUGGUACCAGCUGGCACUCUCACUCAUGGCAGCAGGAAAGUCUGCUCGGGCAGUAAAGGUAUUGAAGGAAUGUAUUCGUCUGAAGCCGGACGAUCCCACCAUCCCUCUGCUAGCUGUGAAGCUGUGUAUAGGAAACCUGCACUGGCUUGACGAGGGUGAGUGUUUUGCUCAGAUGGUUGUAGACAUGCAGGAUAAAGCAGCAGAGUUCAGGGCAAAGGGUUACCUCGCACUCGGCCUUGUCUACAGCCUCAAAGCUACGGAUGCAUCUCUGAGGGGUGUACAGGAGGAGUACCAGAAGAAAGCCCUGGGAGCAUUUCAGAGAGCUCAGUCUCUCGCUCCUACAGAUCACCUGGCUGUGUUUUACUUGGCUCUGCAGCUCGCAGUGUCUCGCCAGAUCCCUGAGGCACUGGGUUAUGUGCGUCAGGCUCUUCAGCUGCAGGGGGAUGAUGUUCACUCACUACAUCUCCUGGCUCUGCUGCUCUCUGCUCAGAAGCACUACCACGAUGCUCUCAACAUCAUCGAGAUGGCACUCAGCGAAUACCCCGAAAACUUCAUGUUGCUGUUCACUAAAGUAAAGUUGGAGACAUUGUGCCGUGGCCCUGAGGAAGCUCUGCUCACAUGUAAACACAUGCUGCAGAUCUGGAAGUCCUGCUACAACCUUACCAACCCAAGUGAUUCAGGGCGUGGCAGCAGUCUGUUGGACAGGGCAGUAGCUGAUCGGAGGCAACUGAAUGCUGUCACACUGCCAGACUUCAGUGACCCAGAGACGGGCUCAGUGCAUGCUCUGUCAGUGGCAGCAUCGCGGGUAGAACAGGCUCUGUCUGAAGCGUCCUCUCUGCAGAGCAGCACUCCUAAACAUGGACCUCUGCAUCCCUGGAUGACUCUUGCUCAGAUCUGGCUGCAUGCAGCGGAGGUGUAUAUUGGGAUGAUCAAGCCGGCCGAGGCAAUGGCAUGCACCCAGGAGGCAGCGAGUCUGUUUCCAACAUCCCAUAAUGUCCUGUUCAUGAAGGGCCAAGUGGCCGAGCUCAGAGGAAACCUGGAGGAUGCUAAGCGAUGCUAUGAGGAAGCUCUGGCUAUAAGCCCCGCCCAUAUCCGCAGCAUGCAGAGACUGGGGGUUAUCCUAUACCAGCUGCAGAGGUUCUCAUUAGCGGAGAAGGUUCUGUGUGAAGCCGUACAACUGUGUUCUUCAUCUCACUUGGGCUGGCACAGUCUUGCUGAGGUGCUACAGGCACAAGGCAACAUGGCGGCUGCCUCUGAGUGCUUCCUCACUGCACUGCAACUGGAGGCCAGCAAUCCCAUCAUGCCUUUCACCAUCUUGCCCCGUGCACUCUGAUGCAUACACACACACACACACACAUACACCACAAAACACCAGUGUACAGUGUUACUCUUUGUCUCCUGAAGCUCCUAAGUGUAUUGUGUUCAUAUGAAGUGCUAUUAUGUAUAACCCUAAACACACACACACACACACACACACACACACACACACACACAGUGUGUUACUAACCUGUGAUGCAUGAGUGUGAUGCUGUGUGUUCAUAAAUGUUCAUGCGUGUAAAUAUGAAAUAUAUAAUAAAGAUUCUCUCUCAAUCUGUUUAAACACAAACACUAAUGAAUCUGUUAGCAAAUCAUUCGAUUCGUUUAACUGUUCAUUAAAUCCUGUUGUGAUUCA